AUGAAGGCAUUCGAAAAUGAAGAUUGCCCUAGUGAAGUAGAGGAAGUUGGAAGGGAGAUUGUUAAAUUAUGCAAAGGACUAGCAUUGUCCAUUGUUGUGAUUGGUGGGAGUCUUCUAAACUCUCCCAGGAAUGUAGGAUAUUGGAAGAGUGUUGCCAAAGAUAUAGAAUCAAGUCCCAAUUCAAAAGAGAAAGAAGAAAGCUUAGAUGUAUUGUUUUCGAGUUAUAACCACUUGCCUCCUCAUCUAAAGCCUUGCUUUCUUCAUAUUGGAGUUCUUAAGCAUAUAAAUUAUGCGAACCUCAAUAUCUUGAGUAUCAUCCAACUUUGGGUUGCUGAGGGAUUUUUGAAAUCAAAUGGAGGCCGAGUAUUGGAAGAAAUUGCAGAGGAUUACUUGAAGGAACUUGUCGAUAGAAAUCUGAUAUUGGUCGUCAGACGAAGUAAAAAUGGGAAGAUGAAACGUUGUGAUAUUCAUGAUCUUAUGAGAGACCUAUGCUUAAAUGUAGGCGAGCAACAAGGAUUUUUUCAUGUGACUCAAGGCCCUGUACUAGGCACAGAACGACGCCUCUUAUAUAACAAAGCUACCUGGCGGAGAGAAACUUCCAGACCCGUACUUGCACGCUCUAUCAUGAAAUGUAAAUUUCAGAAAGAGUUUUCUUAUAAACAUAGAUUGCUGAGAAUUUGGCAUCUACACCGUCACAUGCCAGUUGAAGAAUCAUUAAAUGGGUGUGUUAACUUGCGCCACCUUGCUUUGUGGGAUUCUGUUUACAAAGGUGUGUUGAAGCUUCCUAGUUCACUAUCCUUCAUAUGGAAUCUACAUACUUUAAUCUUUCAUGGUCAUUCAUUGAAAGUUAUUGCACCAAUGGAAAUAUGGAAGAUGCGACAACUCAGGCAUAUCCAGUGUUAUCGAAUUUGUGUUCCUCAACCCGAUGGACAAGAUGACUUGUUAGUCUUGGAAAAUCUUCAGACAUUUCGGGAUGCAGUGAAUUUGAGGUUGAGUGAGGAUGUGUGCAAGAUCAUUCCCAACAUCAAGAUUUUGCAUCUACAAUAUAAUGAUUGGGUGCGAGGUUACGAUGAUAGUUUGAUUGAGUGUUUGUGUAAUCUUGAUCGCUUGCAUAAACUUGAAUCACUCAAACUGGAUGGGUGCUGGCUCCAGAAUUAUAAGUUGAAUGAGGUACUCACAUUUCCCAGUUCGCUAAAUAAGUUGACCUUGAGUAGUUUCCAAUUUGAAUGGGAUGAUCUGACAAUGAUUGGUUCGUUGCCCUUGCUGGAAGUUCUCGAGGUACGUUUAAACUAUGUCAAGGAGGAAAAUAGCAUGUGGAGUCCUGUUAAUGAGCAAUUUCAACGCCUCAAGUUCUUGAAAUUGUAUGGCUGUGAGCUGACAUGUUGGAAUGCAGAUAGUUGUCAUUUCCCAAUUCUGGAGAAGCUUCUUAUUUGUUAUCUACAUAAGCUGGAAGAGAUCCCAUGGGGUAUAGGUGAGAUACCAACACUCAAACUUAUUCAGGUGGAUCGUUGUAGUAACUCUCUCGCGAUUUCAGCAAUCAAAAUAAAAGACGAGCAGCUCGAGUGUCAGGGCAAUGAUGACCUUGAAAUCCAAAUUCGUGUCGACGAAGAUAAAUUGGAGAGCUUCAUGGCAAUGGUGGAAACCGAGGGCCUCACACUUAAUAAUGUUCAAUUUAAUACAAUCUAG